AUCAUCAACGACGACCAAGCGACCCCAUCACCUCUCUUCCUCUCUGACACACUCCCCUCAAGCAUCCCAUCAUGUCCAGGAUGGGCCGCUUCAACAACGGCCCCGACUAUGACGAUACCCCGUACCAGUCGCGCGGGCCGACCCACCAGCCGACUCGCCCAGUCGACAAGGACAAGACCGAGACCGAGCUCAUCAACAACAUCAAGAAGGCAACAAGUCCAGAGGAGACGGCGCCAAAGCAGAAGCAUGUCCGCAAGUGCAUCGUCUACACCUGGGACUACCACUCGUCCUUGUCGGUGUGGAACGGCCUGCGCACGCAGCCCAUCCUCGCCGACGAGGUGCAGACCUUCAAGGCAUUGAUCCUGGUCCACAAGCUCCUCCAGGAGGGUCACCCGGUUACCCUCAAGGAAGCCCUCGCCCAGACUGGAUGGCUCGAGACAUGCGGACGUACCGUCGGCGGCGACGGAGCCAAGGGCUACGGCUCGCUCAUCCGUGCCUACACUGCCUUCCUGCUCGCCAAGCUCCGCUUCCACCGCCACCACCCCGAGUUCAACGGCCUGUUCGAGUAUGAGGAGUACAUUUCGCUCAAGAACAUUGACGACCCGAACGAGGGCUACGAGACCAUCUCCGACCUCAUGGCUUUGCAGGACCAGAUCGACUCGUUCCAGAAGCUCAUCUUCUCCCACUUCCGCGGCGCCAACAACAACGAGUGCCGUAUCUCCGCUCUCGUUCCCCUCGUCAAGGAGUCGUUUGGCAUCUACAAGUUUAUCACGUCGAUGCUCCGCGCCAUGCACCGUCGCACCGGUGACGCCAUGGACGUCCUCCUCCCCCUGCGCGAGCGCUACAACACUCAACACUACAACCUUCGCCGCUUCUACUACGAGUGCUCAAACCUCAAGUACCUCACCGGCCUAAUCAACGUGCCAAAGCUUGGACAGGAGCCUCCCAAUCUGCUCGACAGCGGUGGAGACGCACCCGACCUGCCUGAACGACCUAGGGCCUCGGCAGCACCAGUCAAGAAGGCAACCCCGCCUCCUCGCUCCGACUCGCCGUCUGCUACCCAGGGCGAGAUUGAAGAGCAGCGCCGCAUGCUCGAGGAGUAUGAGCGCAAGCAGAAGGCUCUCGUGUCCCAGCGUGAGGCUGAGGAGCGCCGCCAGCAGGAGGAGAAGGCCCGCCAAGAAUCCGAGCAUGCCGAGCUGCUGCGCCAGCAGGAGGAACGCCAACGCCAAGCCCAGGAGGCACUGUUGCGCGAGCAGAUGAACCAGCAGUGGCAGCAGGCCAACCAGGGCCAGACUCAGCAGAUGGAGCAGGAGAUCCUUGCCAUGCGCGGCCAGUUCGAGCGUGACCAGAUGCUGCUGGAGCAGUACGACCGCCGUGUCAAGUCGCUGGAGAACGAGCUCGCCGUGAUUGGCGCCAACGUCGGCGCUCAGUUGAAUGGCAAGGACGAGCUUAUUGCCCAGCUGCAGAAGCAAAUCGAGGUCUGGAAGAACAAGUACGAGGCCCUCGCCAAGCUCUACUCGCAUCUCCGUACCGAGCACCUCGACCUGCUCAACAAGUCCAAGGGCUUCCAGCUCAAGGCCGGCUCGGCGCAGGAGGCGAUUGACAAGAUGGAGCGCAUGGAGCGCGACGUCAAGACCAAGAACCUCGAGCUUGCCGACAUGAUCCGCGAGCGUGACCGUGCUCGCUACGACCUGGACCGCGUCAAAUCGAGCCACAAGGAGGAGAUUGACCGCGUCAAGCGCGAUCUCAGCUUUGCCAACGAGCGUGCCGAGGAUGCCUCGCGCAACAAGAGCAGCGAGGUGUCGCACGUCAUGAGCAAGUACAACCGCCAGCUCACCGAGCUCGAGGACUCGCUCAGGUCAAAGCAGCUCCAAAUUGACGAGCUCCUGUCCAAGGUCGAUGAGAAGGAUGGCGAGCUCGCGCGCAGCAAGGAGGAAUUGCAGCAGGAGCUCGACGUCAUGCAGGAGGCCAUGGACCUCAUGGUCAAGGAGUCUGCCGAGCACGGCCAGGUCGCCAAGGAGGCCGACAGCACGUUCAAUGCCCAGCUCGACACCCUUAUCCUCGACCACCGCAAGGAGCUCAACGCCAUCAUCGACUCGAUUCUCCAGGCUUGUGUCCAAAAGGUCGACGAUGCGAUCUACGAGCUCGAGGCGCCAUCGUCCAGCGGAAACAACACUGCCACCCCAGCAUACACCCAGUCUCUUAUCGAGAAGAGCAUGUCGAACGCGACCGAGUUUGCGACCACGUUCAACCUUUACCUCGGCCGCAAGUCGGGUGGCAGCUACGUGGACGUUAUUCGCACCGCCAACGAGCUCGCCCAGUCGCUCUCCGAGACCCUCCUCGCUUCCAAGGGUAUUACCCGUCUCACGGACACUGACGACGCGGCCGACAAGAUUGUCCGCUUCGCCAAGACGUCGGGUGACGUUGGACAGCGCUUUUUCCUCAACCUCCAGUCGUACAAGCUUACGGCCAGCGGCAACAAGGACGAGAUUGCCCUGCGCAACAAUGCCGAGACUCGCAAUGCGCUCGCCAAGCUCUCCGAGACGAUCGAGACGGUCAUGCCCAAGACCAAGACCAAGUUCAACGCCAACGGCGACCUCGGCGACCUGGUUGCCAACGAGAUGGACUCGGCUGCCCGUGCUAUUGAGGACGCUACUCGCCGUCUCCAGUCGCUGAUGAGCCGACCCAAGGACGACCGCUUCAGUGCCAUCGACGUCAAGGUGCACGACACCAUUCUCGAGGCCGCAUUGGCCAUCACCAAUGCCAUUGGACGCCUCAUCCAGGCCGCCACGGAGAGCCAGGAGGAGAUUGUGCGCGAGGGCAAGGGCGGUGGAUCCACCCAGGCCUUCUACAAGCGCCACCACCGCUGGACCGAGGGUCUCAUUUCCGCCGCCAAGGCUGUGGCGUACGCUACCAAGUUGCUAAUUGAGAGCGCCGACGGUGUCAUCAACGGCACGCACUCGCUCGAGCAGCUCAUUGUUGCUUCCAACGAGGUGUCUGCUGCGACGGCGCAGCUCGUCGCGGCGUCGCGUGUCAAGGCCUCGCUCAUGUCCAAGACGCAGCAGCGCUUGGAGGUGGCUGCCAAGGCGGUGACGGACGCGUGCAAGGCGCUCGUCAGGCAGGUCAAGAUUAUCUCGAACCAGAAGACGGAGGAGGACGACGUCGACUACAAGUCGAUGGCGACGCACGAGUUCAAGGUGCGCGAGAUGGAGCAGCAGGUCGAGAUUCUCAAGCUGGAGAAGGACCUGGGUGCUGCUCGCAGGCGGUUGGGCGAGAUGCGCCGUGCAGGCUACCACCAAGAGUCGGACAUCUAGGGGUUGUGCUGGGGAGAUUACAGAAGUUGAUAGUUGUCUAGAUACCCUCCGAAUGUUAACGAGUUGUG